AUGGCGAAGUCGGCGCCUGUGAACGAUGUGCUAUGUAGCGCCGUGGAAUAUUUAGUGAAGCUUGGUUCUAAUCUACGAAGACGUUCUGAGACGCUAAAAGAUAAACGGAUAAAAAAAGAAAAACUAAGAAAUACGCUAGCCGUGCAAAAGGCGGCUAAUAAGGUUUUACUUUUAUGCGAAUUGUCGAAGAAAUCGAUUGUGACUGUUGAAUCCAGUGUCAACACCAUUUUAUCUCAAAUCAAAACUCUUCAAGGCAGUGCAUAUAGCGGGAAAAGUUAUAGUUCAGAAAAUAUCUCCAAUUACGAAUAUUUUGAAUAUAACUCUAGGCGGCUAAAAAUUCGACAAAAGUUUAAUUUAAAGCACUAUACUUCUGCCAAAGUAGUAGCAACUGCAAUGCCAACUUCUCUAGCAAGCAAAUAUCCAGUGUUUUACGAUUGUAAAUUAUUAAGAUUGCGAAAGAGAGCUAAAAGAAAUGAAGAAAAUUCUAAAUCCACAAAUUCUGAAACAUUUAAAUCUGUGUCAUUUAAUGAUAGCAUUGUUGUAUGUGGAGAAAAUGAAAAAAGUGGUAUUGCAUGUAGUAAUAGUGAUGAACUAAGUCAAAAUCUUGUAGCUGAAGGUAAUAAAAAAAAUCCAACAAAGAGAAAGCUAAGUUCAUCUGAAGAUGGCUCAGAGGACUGUACAAAAUCAAUCAAUAGAAAAAAGGUUAAUAGUAUUGAAUUAGAAAGAAAGUCCAGUAAAAAAGGUAACCCAUAUGCUAAUAUAGAAAAACAGGAUUUAGUAAAAAACAACCCUGAAAAGAACUCUACUGUAAAUGAAAUGAAUAAAAAUGAUGGAACUGACAAUUCUAUCCAGACAUCUUUUAAUGAGAAUGUAAUGGAGUCUUUAAUAAAUAAAGAUACUCAUGCAGAAGAUGAAAAUGAUAUUAAGUCUAAUGAUGAAAGAGAGGAAGAAAAUUUGAAAUCUCAGUCAGAAAAUAUUGCAAUUACAAAUAAUUAUGAAAGUGACAGAAGUGAAGAUUCAAAUUCUUCUAAAAAAACUUACAUCAAAUGUGUUAACAUAAAUAGGCUGUUAAGACCUGACAAAAUUCCAAAAGAUCUGCCACCAGUAGUAAUAGAAAGUGACAGUGAUGACAAUCUUAAUAAAAACCCUAAGCCAAAAAAGAAAUCUAAGCAUAAAAGUAUUAAUUCAAAGUGCAAUUUAACAACCUUUAAAACCUAUACACAAUACGGGAAAAAAGAGAAAGAUGUACACAAUUUCAAACCAUGUAAAUUUAGUAUACAUAUUACUAGAUUGCCUAAAUUGACACCUGAGUAUUUACUUUCCCAAAAUUUAAAAAGAAUUGUCCAAAAUGAAACAGUAUUAUGUGAAAUAUCCUCAACAGUUGUUACAGAUAUACCAAGUGAACAAAGUGGUAAGUCAAAUGAUGGUAAAGAAAAAUUAAAGCUAGAUGAAGACAUCUUGGCAACUAAAACUUCUUUACUCCAUCACUCAGACUCAGAACUAUCUGAUGAUGACACCAGUAAUGUAAAUGAAACAGUAAAAAAGCAACUUCUUUGUGACUCGGACUCUGACAAAGAAAACCCAAAAGACAAUUCACCGUAUAAUAACAAAAAUGAUAGUGGUAAAGAAGCUAUACAUACAAAUGAAACAAUAGAACAAAAUCUAGAUAAGGAUAAGUGUAUUGAAGACAGAGUUAGAAAAAAGUCAAACAGCAUAGAUAGUGAUAGUAAUAAUAUAGUCCAACAAAAAGAAAGUAAACUGGAUUCACACAGAGUUUUAUUAACACCAGACAUUACCAACAAAGAAACAAAUGAAGAUUGUGAUUUAUUUGAUAAGUUAAAGGAUUCUGUAGAACAAUCUGAUAACAAUGAAUGUAUUGAGACACCAGAAUCAAAACAAAUAAGACUCUUUGAUAGUACAACAAAAAGAAAGUUUCUAUCUUUUUCAUCAAGUUCAGACACAGAAGAUGAACAGCUUAAAAAAACAUAUGAGAAGAUAAGAGAAGAUUUACUUAGAGACAGUCCAGAAAAAGAAUUGCUAAAUAAAUCAGGAUCUGAAUCAUCCAAAUCAAAUACUAGUGGGGAUAGUGAUACUAAAUUAAAGAAACGCAAGUUAACUAAAAGAAGAGCAAAUGAAAAUAGCAAGGUUAGGAUUACAUAA